UAUAGUAUGGCCAAGACUUACCUGUAUAUUGACAUAAUAGCAAAUUUUCUUGAUCAGACAUUGUGCUUUCUUUCACAUGCUUAAUCAUUUAAACAUUGAAAACAGCAGUGUCUUAAAUUUACGUCUUUUUUAAAAAUAAAUGUUCUUCAUAAAUUUUGAAUGUUCAUGAAUGUGCUAAAAACUUAAAGUUACGCUGUGUCAAAUUUUUCACCAACAUUAAUUAGAUCCUGCUAACACCAUUUCACUUAAAAGACCUCGUCAACCAUCUUGUCAUGUCAUUUCACUUAAAAGACCUCGUCAACCAUCUUGUCAUGUCAUUUCACUUAAGGCCUUGUCAACCAUCUUGUCAUGUCAUUUCACUUAAAAGACCCCGUCAACCACCUUGUCAUGUCAUUUCAUUUAAGGCCUUGUCAACCGUAUUGUCAUGUCAUUUCACUCAAGGCCUUGUCAACCAUCUUGUCAUGUCAUUUCACUUAAGGUCUUGUCAACCAUCUUGUCAUGUCAUUUCACUCAAGGCCUGGUCAACCAUCUUGUCAUGUCAUUUCACUUAAGGCCUUUUCAACCAUCUUGUCAUGUCAUUUCACUUAAGGCCUUGUCAACCAUCUUGUCAUGCCAUUUCACUCAAAGCCUUGUCAACCAUCUUGUCAUGUCAUUUCACUUAAGGCCUUGUCAACCAUCUUGUCAUGUCAUUUCACUUAAGGCCUUGUCAACCAUCUUGUCAUGUCAUUUCACUUAAGGCCUCGUCCAACAGUUCCUGCUACAAGAUUACAAGCGUAGGAUAUAUUUACAAAAGCUUUAAUUGACAAUUAUAAGCUUUGCUAUUGCUUUGUCAUUGCGUGAUGUCAUGAAGCAAAACAUGCCCAUUACGUAAUGAACUUAUUAAAACAAGUGUCAAGAACCAUUUCACACCCGCUUCUGUUGAUCUAAUUCAAUAAAUCUCCCGUAAGAACAUGACAUUAGCCUGAGGAAAACAUUACCUACAAUAAAGGACUUUCUCUGAUAGCUUUUGGGUGUCUGCUGGAGAGUGAUGAGAGUAACAUCUGAAAAUUAGGUCAAAUCAUUGAAAACAACAGUUUAAGCAAAUUUGAACCCCUCCCCCCACCAACUGACACCCCCACCCUCACCCCACACCUUCUUUUUCCUCACAAAGCCGAAGAGUGUGUAACACAAAACUUACUCUGGCAUCCCACAUUUAAACAAUCACCUGGCCACAUUUGAAAUAAAUGAUAAGAGCUGUUUUCUGCUUUGACCUUUUUUCCCUCUAUGCAAAAAAAUAAACAACAUUUUCAUAUAGUUAUUUAAAUUUUAAAAAAAAUUCCAUACGAUAUGUGUUUAAAUAAACAAUUUUUUGGUGAGUUUAUGACAGAUCUAUAGUAACUGUUUAUAUCUCUUAUAUCUUUUCAUUUUACAUUUUUCAUUUUCUAAUGCAAUGAUAUUAUGCAGGAUAUUUUAAAAAAGCAAAAAUGGAUAGAUACGUAGCCAUUUUGUUCUUGGCUGCUUUAACGCCCACAAGGGGGACCGUCCAUGAAAUAGAUCACACUAUUUUUGGACAUUUAUUACCCUCUCCCUCACCCCGUCACAAUCUGUCACAAAUACCCACCCCACCCCCGCACAUACCUACUCCAAAGUUUAUAAGUAAAAAAAAAUUAUUUUUUUUUUAAAUUUAAAAACGUGUAAAAAUUUUUCUAAAGCACGUUUCACAGUUCAACUAUUCAAUUUAUACUGUCACAUUAGAAACUUCAACAAUACCGUCAAUUUUAGGUUUUACAUGUAUGAUAGAAAAAUUUAAAAUGUGUGACAUUACACAAGAUCUUUACACCAUCCCCCCCCCCUAACCCUUCCGAGUCACAAAGUGUCACACUUUCUUAGUCUCUCCCCCCAACUCUCCAUCUUCGGAGCGUAAUGUACUUUAUGGAGGGGCCCCAAGAAAUAUUGAUUUGAAGGCAAGAAGUUAGAACAUUUCUUAAGGCAACAGGUUUUGGCAGCGCUCAUGUACAUCGGUGGAUGAAAAGUGACUUACAAUAGCGUGGUUGUAUAGUUUUAAAAUUUAUGUAUUUAUUAUUUUUUUUUAAAAAGGGGGGGGGUGUUGGUGGCUAGUGGGUUUGGGGGAGGGGGAUUCUAUGAUCGUUUGUUUUUACUAAUCUUUAGACAGUUGUCAAAUUGACAUCCCCCACCCCCCGGAGCUUCAGCAGAGAGAUUUAAAAUAGUAAAUACCCCUUCAUUUUCUUAUACACGCUCAAAUUUUUUGCAGCUCAAACAGCUCCUAAAUUCUGUCUCUCCAUUUGUACCUAUGUCUGUACCUGUCUCUAUCUAUGUAUCUAUAUCGUUUGAUUGCUCUAGGGGGAAAACACAAACAAACCUCUUUAAAAUGUAUUGCUCAAACUGUGCAGGAUUUUCUUCAAGAAAAAACCAAACUCGCACUAUUUACUAUUUGCGGGAGUUGGCAACAAGCAUCAAGUUAACUACAUGUAUACAUGGUGAGUUGCCAUGACGACUCUAGCGAACUGUUUUUAUACAUGGUGAGUUACCAUGACCUCUCUAGCUAAGUGUUUGUAUACAUGGUGAGUUGCAAUGACGACUCUAGCUGUUUGUAUACGUCAUGAGUUGCCAUGAAGAUUCUAGCUAAGUGUUUGUAUACAUUGUGAGUUGCCAUGAAGACUCUAGCUAAUAGCUUACGUACAAGUGUUGUUGAAUUAUAUUUCUCUCAAUUUUUUUUUAAAUCUAAAAACAUAAAAUAAAAAACCUGUCAUCGUACUAAGGUGUAUCAGAAUUAUGUUAAUACAAC